AUGGCCUAUUGCAGCGUGACCAGCACGCCAGAACGCUUUGCAAGCUGUUUGUCGAAUUUUCAAAUCGAAGAUUUGCUGGUAUUGAAGAAAUCAAUGGAACUCAUGGCUCACGCAGAGAGACACCGCCGCGAAGGAGACCUUACCGAUGAUAUUGCACCAAGUUGCACCAAUACGACUGAUGAGCCGCAGCGCUUGGCUUUAAUGGCUGCUGAUCGGGGGGUUGACCACGGCAUAUCGGGCCAACAGCCCUGGCAAAGCGAUCCGGCCUGGGUCGAGGAGAAGCCAUCCAAGCUGCAGACCUUGUUUCAAAUAAGCAUCACUGCUCUGGCCUUUCUUUCGUUUGGCGGCUAUUUGCUUUGCCUCAUCGUUCAGGCCAUCAAGAGCAAGGGCACAACCUAUUUUCAUCCGGUGGCCACGGCAACUACAACCAAUACAAAUGGCAACGUGAAGCGUAUCAAAAUUUACAGACGCAGCCGACGUAGACGGAGCAUCAACUCGGCUCACAUUCCAAAUAUACUCAUGGCGGACUAUGCGACUUAUAUGGAAUCCGUACGAAGGCAGCGUUUGGGCUAU